AUGGAGAAGAAGAGACUUAUAAGAGGGAUGAUGAGCCGAGUGAAGAGGAGGAACUUCCUUCAGAAACACAAGACAAGUGUUGAAAAACUAUUGGACAUUAAAGUGGAAGUUAAAGAGGAAGAAGAAGAGCUGUAUGUUAGCGGUGAUGAGCCGUGUAAGGAGGAUGAUGUUCCUCCAAAGAUCAGCACAGGUGGUCCUCAAAGCAGAAAAAGAUGGUCCACUUUUACUCCACGUGGAGGUGGAGAAGAUGACCUCCUAGGAGAUCCUCAAGGAGCAAACUCAAUGGCCUUGUAUAUCCAGCCAGGACGUCACAUGGUUGGCCUGUCAUCGGAUCCCUCUCUAUACGAGGGGAGUUUUCCUGGUCACUCGCGUCCCGUUGACUAUCACCAAAUGGGCAAUACGUUCCCGUUUCCCGAGCGCAGGGAACGUAUCAUCAAGUCAGAAGGGAUCUAUUCGCAUUCUAAUUACGGGAAAAGUUUUAUUCAGAAUUGCCUUGUUCAGAGACGCCAACCAAACCACACCUGGGGAAACCCGUAUUCGUGUUCCGAAUGCGGGAAAAGCUUUAAGUUGAAAUCGGCCUUUUUGAGACACAAAAGGACCCACACGGAGGAGAGGCCGUUUUCAUGUACCGAGUGUGGAAAAAGCUUCUCUCAGAGGGCCCAUCUGGUUUCCCACGAAAGGAUUCACACAGGGGUAAAGCCAUAUUGCUGCUCUGAAUGUGGCAAGUGCUUCUCCCACAAAAUAUCUCUCAUCACGCACGAGUCAUUUCACACGGGGGUGAAGCCGUUCUUCUGUUCCGAGUGCGGGAAACAGUUUUCCCGCAAGUCGGUCCUCAUCCUCCACGAGAGGGUACACACGGGUGAGAAGCCAUACCCGUGCCCAGAGUGCGGGAAGUGUUUUUCCCAGAGGACCCAUCUGAACACACACAGGAGGAGCCACACGUCAGAGAGGCCCUUCUCCUGCUCAGAGUGCGGGAAGACCUAUUCCCGGAAGUCGUACCUUGUCGACCAUCUCAGGACUCACACGGGGGUGAAGCCGUAUGCGUGCUCGGUGUGCGGGAAGUGUUUUUCUUGUAAGUCGAAUUUAAUUACCCACCAGACGAUUCACAGCAGCAAGAAGCCUUUCUCCUGUACCGAGUGCGGUAAAUGUUUUCAGACAAGGUCGGCCUUCACGUAUCAUAAGAAGUUGCACGCCGCAGAUAAGAUCCCUUUGUGCUGAGAAGAUGGGGCUGUGUUUUGCGUUGCAUUGGCCUUUUGUUGGGU